AUGGCACCGAAACUGAAAUUUGCAGACGGCGAGAAGGUGUUGUGUUUUCAUGGCCCUUUAAUAUACGAAGCAAAAUGUCUUAAAAGUUCAGUAACUAAGGACAAACACGUUCGUUAUUUAAUUCAUUACGCUGGAUGGAAUAAAAAUUGGGAUGAGUGGGUUCCAGAAAGCCGAGUGCUGAAAUACAAUGAAGCCAACGUGCAAAGGCAGAAAGAAGUACAGAGGGCACAUUCUGCACAGCCAACUAAAACUAAAAAAACUCCUGCUAAGGGCCGUAAGUCUGAAGCUGCUGCGAGUGCCACUCCUGCUAGAGAGGAGUCAAGAGCAUCUACUCCUGCAGGCAAGGAUGCAGAGUCCACUCCCACCCCGGCUAAGACCACAAAGACUCAGAGCAAAGAUACUCCAGCAGAUUCAGGCUCUGAUCAACCAAAGAAAAAGCGUGGCAGACUAGAUCUAUCCAUAGAAUCUGAAGAGCAAUACUUAGCGAAGGUUGAUGUAAAGAUUAAAAUCCCUGAAGAGUUGAAGGUAUGGCUUGUGGACGACUGGGACGUCAUUACCAGACAACAGAAACUCGCCAUAUUGCCAGCUAAGCUCACAGUCGCCCAGAUUGUCGACAACUAUUUAGCCUUUAAGAAGAGUAGCAAAUCUCAUAACCAGUCUAAGGAAUCAGUAUUGAAUGACAUCACCGAAGGCAUAAAAGAAUAUUUUAAUGCUACAUUAGGAUCUCAACUCUUAUACAAGUUUGAAAGACCACAAUACAGUGAAAUAUUGCAAGAAUAUCCAGAUACACCUAUGGCCGCAAUAUAUGGGUCCAUACAUUUAUUAAGAUUGUUUGCGAAAAUGGGACCAAUGUUAGCCUACACGGCGCUUGAUGAGAAGUCCCUUCAACACGUGCUGACGCAUAUACAAGACUUCUUAAAAUAUAUGGUGACUAACAGAUCAACACUCUUCAAUUUGCAAGAUUACGGGAACGCUACACCCGAAUAUCAUAGAAAAAUACAGUAG